AUGACUAUGAUUGGAAUGGUGGAUGGCCGGUGGUCGGUGGUGGAACGACGGAGGAAACAAUUCGUGGAUAGACAAUGGAACAACAAAGGUGUAACCACUAUGUUCGUAUCAAACAUCCCUGAUGGGGUAAGCAAGGAGACUAUAAGAAAGAUUUUCAGUAAUAAAUAUGGAGAGUUGACUGACGUGUACAUGGCAACUAAGAAAGAUUCAAUACGGAAGAACUUUGCCUUUGUCAGAUACAGAAAUGUUAAUGGAGAUCGUGAACUGGAAGCGUCACUACAAAAGAUUAUGUGUUCAGGCGGUAACUGGGAGGAUUCAUCGUCCUCCACCUCCACCACCACCCCUUUCAAAAAAAAACCGGUGGUACUCACAAAUGGAGCAAUUAUGGCGGAAUGGCUACACAAUCCCUUAACAUUAGUUGGAGAAGCCCAUAGCCUGGAAAAGCUUAAGAAAAUCCUGCUCUUCCUCAGGCUAGGUGGAGAGCAAACUUACGGAAUGAAAUACCUUGGUGGACUAAUGGUGGGAAUUCGUUUUCGAUCUCCGUCUGACGUCAAAGAAUUUCUUUCGAAAAAAGACAGCUGGAAUGACUGGUUCAAGGAAUUCAAACACGGGAAUACAAUUAAUGGAGUAUUCGACAGAAUAGCUUGGUUGAAGAUUGUUGAGCUCCAAAUUAGCCUCUGGAACGAGGAAAACUUCUCCAGAAUUGGCGGAGAGUUCGGUAAAGUUCUGGAACCAAUUGAUAUAUCACCAAGCUCCCAAGAUCUCUCCCUUAGGAACAUAUGUAUCUUGACCGACAGGAAGUUGAGGAUCAAUGAAGAAAUCCCGGUGGUAAUAAAUCGCAACAUUUUUAACGUUGGGGUGAUGGAAAGAGAUUUCGAUUGGUCCCCUUUCCCAUCUGGUCCUUACGACAUAAUCAUAGAUAGUGAGUCGUUUCACAAAGGUGAUACAGAUGAAUCUACUAGCACCGGGAAGAAUGUGGAUGAUGGGUUAUUGGAAGAAGGUGAAAUACAAGAAGGGAUUACCGGAGAGGCUGCCAUUCCGGUGACGAUCGAUCCGGGACCAAAUUCCGAACGGAUAGAAGUUGAAGGGCCGAUAGAAGAUCAACAACCAAUUCAUGGCGGUCAAAUUCUGCCGCCAAGAGAUUUUGAAAGUCGUAUUGACUUGGGAACAGGUAACAAUGAAUUCAAUAGUGAUGAAGAGUCAAAUAGACCAGGCAUGGAGAAACAUCUUAGCCCAAAUAACAUUGUACCAGACCUUUAUAGCCCAGUAGAUAACUUAGUUGCAAUGGGAUGCUUUGGGCCUUUUUCUUCUGGUAAGAAUAAGAUAGAUAAGGGGCCCAUGUUCCCAUCUAAUACCCAAGUCACGAUGGCCGGAUAUGAAUCAGGUAACACAAUGGAUAAAAGGCGUAGAAUUAUUAGAACCCCCUUUCCUAAAUCUCCGAAAAAUCAAUUACGCAUCGAUAUUAAUUGUCCAAAUACAAUCCCACCAGAGCAAAUACCAUUGCCCGAUUCCCCGGUAGUGUUGUCGCCAACGGACGAAGCUAAAAAAACUGUGGAGAUCGGUCAAAUCCUAGGUUUUGAGAUUGAGAAUGUUGAUCCUAUUCUCACCGAGGCUAUGGGCGAAAUCGGAGAGAACCAAGUUCCCAGAUGA